AAAAUAAUUUCAGUGGUCUACUGUAUCGUGAAGCCCAUGAGAGUUGAGAGCAGCAGUGAGGUUGAAAGGGGAUGGUGAGAGUAAGCAAAGAGGCUCUGCAAAAAGCAGCCAAAACCCUAUCCGAAAUCCUCGUGUGCCCUCUCUCUAAGCAGCCUUUGAGGUAUUGUGAGGAAUCAAAUUCCUUAAUCAGCGAUGCUAUUGGCGUUGCCUUCCCCAUAAAAAAUGGGAUACCAUGCUUGGUUCCAAGAGAUGGGAAGAUACUUGAGGAAGAAGAUGCCUCAAAACCUGAUAAUGAUACCAAUUUAUCUGCAGUAAAUGAAGAGAAUCAAGGAAGAAGUGGCCUAAGAUGAAGUGUAAGAUGUUUCGACUUCAAUUUCUAUGAUCAAUUGUCUGUUAGCCUAGGUCGUGGUGGAAUGUUGUGUGAGUAAGAUGUUACCCUGUUUACACUUUGGUGAAGAAACAUUUUCUUUUUCUUUAUUUUCCUACAAUGGAAAAAUUCUGGACAAAUAAAUCUCUCAAUUUUCCCCUUCCCUUUAUUGUUUGAAUAGAGUUGAUUUGUAUCUAAGAGAGUUCUCUCUCUAACCACAUGAUUCUAGGUUUAUUAUUA